UACCGCAUACAAUUGCGAGGGAAACACGUGCAAGGAGAUGAAACCGUAACAUAAUUAGUGACCUAUAUUAAACACUGACAUUUACAGGCAUCGCCAAUCAAGCGUGGAAUUCCUCAUCACUCCUUUUGUUCUUCCUUGCAACCCAACAAUUUUCGGAGUAACAGGCCUUAUGCACCGUUAACGAAGCAAGAAACAGCCCGGCUGCCUCACAAGACGCCUUGUUCACUGUUGACAUAAUUUAACUAUGUCUACCGAGGGUAGAAUUACAGAAGCCAAAACAACGUUUUAAAAAAAAAAAACAGGAGUCGACGCUUGAUGUGUCGUCUUCAAUAAAAACGAGGAUAUAAUUUGUAUGGAUUUGAUGAAGGGAUACUAGUAAACAAUGACCUAUUACAUUGCUGUUGAUGUUGGUUCGGGUAGCGUGAGGGCAGCAGUAGUCAGUGAAAAUGGAACCAUGGUUGCUACAGCAUGUAAAGAGAUACAGAUAUAUCAACCUCAACCAGAUUUAUAUGAACAGUCUUCCGAUGAUAUCUGGGAAGCUGUUGUUUAUUCUAUUAAGGAAGCUAUAAGUACUGCUGGUGUCAGUAAACAUGCAAUAGGUGGAGUGGGGUUUGAUGCUACCUGUUCACUCGUAGUUUUAGAUCAAGAAAAUAAACCAUUAUCGAUCUCUCCUUCAGGUGCUCCAGAAUGUAAUGUUAUAAUGUGGAUGGAUCACAGAGCUACCAAACAAACAGAAAAAAUUAAUGCUACUGGUCACGAUGUUUUAAAAUAUGUUGGUGGUGCCAUGUCCUUAGAGAUGGAACCACCAAAAUUACUUUGGUUAAAAGAGAAUUUAAAAGAACAAUGCUGGGAUAAAGCUGGUCAUUUUUUUGAACUUCCAGAUUUUUUAACAUGGAAGGCAACAGGUAGUUUAACAAGGUCUUUGUGUUCUGUAGUAUGUAAAUGGGGUUUUCAAGCUGAUGAUAAUGGUAAACAAGAAUGGAGUGAAAGCUUUUUAAAAAGUGUAGGUUUAGGUGAUCUGAUAGAAAAUAAUUAUUAUAAAAUAGGUAGUGAAGUACGUGCACCAGGUGAAUGGUGUGGAGGAUUAUUACCUUCAACAGCUAGAGAGUUGGGGUUAAAUCCUGCUAUAACAGUUGCUCAAUCUAUAUUAGAUGCUCAUGCUGGUGGAUUAGGUUGUUUGGCAUGUAAUCCUGAAGAUCCAGAUUUUCCUAUAUCAUCUAGUAGUUAUAUGUGUCGUAUGGCUAUAAUAGCUGGUACCUCAACCUGUCAUAUGGUGGCUAGUCCAGAUCCUAUAUUUGUAAAUGGCGUUUGGGGUCCGUACUAUUCAGCAAUGAUUCCUCAUAUGUGGCUAAAUGAAGGAGGUCAAAGUUCAUCAGGGAAACUGAUUGAUUUUAUCAUUGAAAGUCAUCCAGCUUAUAAAGAAGCAGAAGAAAAAUCCAAAGAAAGGGAUGUACAUAUGCAUACUUUCUUAAAUGAACUGUUAGAUGAUAUGGCUGAAACGGAAGGCAAACAUUCUAUAGCAGAAUUAACUACGGAUUAUCAUAUGUGGCCUGAUUACCAUGGUAACAGAUCUCCAGUUGCUGAUUGGACAUUAAAGGGAAUGUUGAGUGGUUUAACUUUAUCAUCUAGUAUAGAAAACUUGGCUUUAAAAUACCUAGCAACUAUACAGUCCCUUGCAUAUGGUACUCGUCAUAUAGUAGAUGAAAUGAACACUAGUGGUCAUGAUGUAUGUUAUUUAUCAGUAUGUGGUGGUUUAAGUAAAAAUAAUCUAUUUGUUCAAACUAAUGCUGAUAUCACCAACUUACCAAUGAUUCUACCUCACAAUACAGAAUCAGUUUUACUAGGUUCAGCUAUAUUAGCUGCUAGUGCUUCAGGAAAUUACUCAAAUAUACAGGAUGCGAUGGAGAAGAUGGGAGGUUUAGGAACUGUUAUUUUACCUGAUAUGGAUCUGAAACAGUAUCAUGAAAAGAAAUUUAAAGUGUUUUUAAAGAUGCUUGCUGAUCAAAGAGAAUAUAGAAAUAUCAUGGCCAGCUAGCAGAUAAAAGACUUAUAGCGGUUUAACAUUUAUAUAGUCAAAAAACCAUGUGCUGUCUGUACCUUUGCAAUACCGGAAGAAAUGUUGUGGAGAUACAUUUAUAGACUUUACUGAGCUAAGCGUACAACAAAAUAUCACCAAGAAGUCUGUGGCUGCCGACAUUGUUUUGUUCAAGAUGGUUGCUGCUAUGCAAGAUAAAACAUUUAAAGCAAGAGUCCCGGGUCAAGACAAAACCAUGUGACAAAUAAUGGUUAUCAGAUAUUCCGUUUGUUAUAAAGAAGUUUUUUUUUAUCACAAUGAGAGAAAUGUUGUUUAUAAAGUCUAUAAGUAUGGAGGAUCAAUUGAACACUGUAAUUUAGUUGAAAUUCACGUAUAUUGUCAACCACUACUACACACAUGAUCACAAUUUGGCAAAAAGCACCGAGGCCAUAAAUUUUUUUUUACUUGACAAUUUCGCAAACUUGUAAUCUAUGCGAUGCUUAAAAUUCUGUAGCUUUUUUGGGACUGGAAAAUAUUGAUUCUAUUUUGAAUUAUAUUUUUUCAUUGAAUGGCAGAAUUAGCAAUUGGUAAUUGAGCAAAACUCCAGUUGUACGAAAGCAGGUUUUUGGUUCUGAUAUUGUAUUCUCGUCACAUACCCCCCAAACCAUCUGUUACAAGUAUCACAAAAAUAAAAUACCUGAAGGAGUAUCGUGGAAGCUUUAAUAUUAAUGUGAUCAGUGUUUCUGACAUUAAGAUGGGUCCUCUCUCUCUCUUUGAUCUGGGACAAAACAUAAAAUUGUCGAUUUUAUAGGAUUUUAUGUGUUGAUUUGUUUUAUGGGAUGCCAAUCUGUCACAAAUUCAAAAAUAAGGUCAAUGUUGAGAUAUAAAUUAUCACAGUAAGCCAAAAAUAAAAUUAAUAUAGUAAACAAACCGAACUCUGUUUAAUAUUUUAAAACCAUCGUAUAUAUCUGGUCCCAUCGCUAAUCAAAAUCACACAUCAAUACUUUAUUUUGUCCUAAAUCAAAGAGGUUUAGCCCAUAUUUAAAUCCGCUGAUCGUCAUUUGCAUUUUUUGGACAAUUACACGCUACAAUAUACUCAAAACUAAACUAUUAACAUUAGAAAAUCUACCAGCUUGGAUUCAUUCAGAUUAAAAAGAGGCCCAACAAAAGAUUUUAUCCAACAAUAGUAGGUGCUGCUGGCUUGUUUAUAUAGUCUAUGGAGGAUCUGAAUGUUGGGAAAUUUUCAAUUCAUGGUAUCUUUAUUAACUCUGAUCGGAAUCUAACCGUUUUAAACCUGAUUCAACUUUGACGAUAUUGUAGUUUGAAAGAGAUUCAGAAUCUGUAAAUUGGUGAUCAACUGCUUUAAGGCAACAGGUCUAUAAUAUCUAUCUUUAUAUAAUACAAAU